AUGCGUGGGGGUUUUCGAAGGGGGCGGUUUGACAAGGUUCCGCAACCAGGGGCAGUUAAUAGCUAUUCAGAAGCACUUUAUCCUCCUCGCGUGUACCAUCACUAUACGCAACAACCUAGCAAUACCGCACCUUCCUUGGCGACAAUCAUUGUCCCGAGCAUUGAUGAUGGUGUUGGCGAAUCACGUCUACGAGAGGGGCUUCCUCAUGGCGUUAGCACAAUCAUGGAUAAAAAGACUCCGCCAUAUCUUCGCGACUUUGUGGGCUGCUUUAUUGAUGGUGAGCAAUAUCUUGCGAAUUCCCGUGCCUUUGCAGUUUUGGAUUCCGGAAAGGAACUUCUUAAUGUGCUGCACUAUCCAAGUUUGCUUGGAAUUGACAGAAAAGAUCAGAACAUCGAGCACUCUAUAACUGACAAAAACGCACCGCCUAUUUCCCCCCUUGGAGAACAACAAAUGCGUCACUUGGAGGAAGCACUGGGACUUCCAGCAGAACUCAGAAUAUAUGGACUGGGAAAACGUAGUGGCGAGAUAACAUCCGCCGCAAUGGAUCGCCUUCGCAUUCGUCCUGUCAAGCGAAAGCGCAUUGUGAAACCGAUACGUCGAGGUACGAAGGUGGUUGUUCUCCCUCUCGCUGGCGCCGAAGACGCUGACGAAAUAAAAAAAGCAAGGCGAGUUGUGGGUGAAGAGGAGGAACUUGAAGGUAACAAAAAGACGCAAAUAAAGCGUGAGAACGACGACCAUGAUGAGGAUGGAAGUGGUGGCGGUUAUGACAGAGAGGAUGAUGAGGCAUCAUUGUCCUUUCAAGUCGAUGACGAUGACGACGGCGGUGACUUAGAUGGGCCGGAAGGCAGCGGAGGUGAGGACAAUUUUUUUUAA